UAUGGCGCUGAAAGCAGGAUGACAAAUGAACAAUGUCUUUGACAUUUUCAUACACAAUUCGCGAGCUUACCCGCGUUAACUUUAAUUCAAACAUGUACCAUGGUUAUUGAACAAUCCUGGAAUGGUUGAAAAGUCUAUCACUCCUGAACGGUUGUUGGAGAUUUUAAACGAGGACUCGAGUUACUGUAUUCCGCCACUCCUUGCUCCAGCUACCAAUAAGAAAUUGUCAAAACAUCCAACAUUACUACCUGGUGAGAAGAUUUUGUUGCAGCAAGAUGCAAUAUGUGUUGAAACAUAUCUCUCUCCUGUGGAAGGAACGUUGCAUCUUACAACAUUUAGAGUUAUAUUUAGUGGUUCAUCACCGGAUAUAGAAGACGAGGCCAUUGGUGGUGACCACCAUACAUCCCUUGUAUCCAAGAAAAAUAGCAGUCAGUUUGGGAAAAAGAAAGGGUUUUCAGAUACACUUGAGAGGUUUAGAGAAAAAGCACAGCAUUUCCAAAAGAACUUGCAACAUUCAAAAUCAUGUCGCACGUUAAGAUCGACUUACAAGGGAAAGUCACAAUUUACAUUGAACAGAUCACAUGAAAAUAACGUCGUUCAAACUUCCUGUGGAGAAAAUUUAGACGACAAUUGUAAGUUGAUUUCUCUACAGCCCGUAGACACACCGGAAUCCGAUGAAACAGAGAAAGAUCUUGUUCAACAUGACAUCAUCGUAUCUAUUCCAUGUACAAAUGUUUACGAUAUUCACAAACUACCUAAGAACUCACUCGUGAAGGACCCGAGAUUUUUUGGGUUUGGUGAUGGCAUUGAGCUCAUGUGCAGUACUCUGCAGGUUUAUAAGUUUUGUCUUCCACAAGGUUCUGAUUACAAUGCGGAUAAACUCGCCGCAAUAUUUUCAAAGUAUACAAAACACCUGCUACGGCCUUGUUUUUCUGGAAAUGUGAGGCAGAAACAAUGUACUCCCAGCCAAAGAAAGUCGCCUUCUAAAUGGUUUGCAAUCGCAUAUAGAGAAGCAAUAUCUCACACGCGUUCGUGUGAUAUUUUAUAUUCAAGAACAUCACAGAAUUUUUAUGAUUUUGAAGUCGAGUUUCGACGCCUGGGUUUGCUGACAUUGGAUUGUUGGAGAGAAUAUUCUCCAAACGGUCUUUUAGAGACGAAGGCUCCCAAGAAAACUCUAAUACCUCAUGGAAUAAGUGACGUGGAGAUGAACAAUAUUAUUACCUUUCAUGGUGACAGAAGUUUUCCUUCAAUUUGUUGGAGAAAUUCCGUGGACGGUACAGUUAUGUUGCGGUGUGGCUCAGCAUUGUAUAGAAGAGGCAUAUUUGAGUACAGAUGCGAAUCAGAUGAAAACUUUUUGGCUUCAGUUUGUUUUCAGAACAAACAGUCAAAUGGCGACAAAAUGGUUAUUUUCACUGAGCAGAGCCGUACGAACUCUACUAGUCUGUUGACUACCCCAGCGCAGCAACUUAGUGGUCAAAUCACACCGAAACAAGGAGAAGCUUUUUGUUAUCCUCACGUGAAGUUUGUUUACACGGACAAAGAAAUCAUUCCAGAUCACAAAAUUGUUAAGCAAAGUUCAGUUAAAUUGCAAACACUGUUGGCUGCAGAGUGCGAUGAUAAAACGUUUCUUUCCGAUCUUGCUGAAACUCAAUGGCUUUCACAGAUUAGUGAACUACUGGAAACCACAUCGUUAGUUAUCACCGCCAUGAGUGCAGACAAGCUAUCUGUUUUGAUUAGUUAUGAAUAUGGCUGUGACCGCACUGCACAGUUGUCCAGUUUGUCUCAGUUACUUCUUGAUCCGCAUUACCGCACAAUCGAUGGCUUUCAGAUUCUGAUACAGAAAGAAUGGCUAUCCUUUGGUCACAUGUUUGCGGAACGAUGUAUAUCUCCGAAAUCUGAUGAGGGACAUGGACCUAUAUUUUUACAAUGGCUUGAUUGUGUUUGGCAGCUUCUGAAUCAAUUUCCUUAUUCGUUUGAGUUCAAUGAGGGACUUCUGCAGACUAUUGCAGACCAUGUUUAUUCCUGUCGAUUCGGUACAUUUUUGUGUGAUUCCGAGCAACAGUUUCAAGAGGAAGAAAUUGAUAACAAAACUCUGUCGUUAUGGACCUGGAUCAACCUAACUGUCAUGGCCGAUCCGGAAAAGUUUAUCAACAACAACUACAUGAAAACCAAAACAGAAAGGAUACUCAUACCACGAUACCAUAUUCCUUCGUUAAAAGUUUGGGAAUCCUAUUAUGCCACAUCAAAGUUUGAGGCGGGUUUGCAAGAGGCAAAACAAAUUGCAAAAGAACAACGAAAACUACAGGAAGAUUUAUUUGCGAAUAUGCUUGACAAACACCAGGACUUAUUACGCAAGAGGUCCAACAUCCCGGAUGAUGGUCAGAAUUCGGAAUCCUCAAUCGAAUAUGAUAUAUCAUGCAUCAUAACAAGUGAAUCAAAAGAGGAACUUUUUACGGACGUGGCAGAAAGGUUCGAAAUCAAAACAGGCUCCCUUAAGGCGAAAAACGUUCGUAACAAUAACAGUAUGCGGUCAACGGAAAGCAAAUCGCUCGACAACUUACUACAGAAUCGUCGUCAAGAGACAGAUAGUAAAAUAAAACGUCGUUUUGGUUCGAGCAAAUUCUAUGUGAACAAACCAACCCGGAAAAAAUUUUUUGAUACAGCUCUGGCAGAAUUUCGCGAAGACAAAACCGAUGAGACUGACUCGGGAAAAAAAUCUCGAAUGUUCAAUGGUUUAUGCGAUUAUCUUGAUCACAAAGGAAUUGACUGGCGAAGUGAGAAAGAUAUCGAAAUUACCCCAAUAGUUUGCUGUGGUUUCUUAACCAAAAGAGGAUUUGUUCGAAAGAACUGGCUGCCUCGGUGGUUUAAAUUAGAUCUACGAAAAAAUUGCUUAGCCUAUUUUGAAAAACGUGAGGACCAAAUACCGAAAGGUGUGAUUGAAUGUGGUAAGAUCCUUCAGGUGUAUUCCGCUGACAAGCCGGGAAAAGCAGACCAACAUAAAUUUUACGCCGUCACUGAUGAACGAACUUUUGCGUUUAAAGCAAGCAGCGAGUCGUUAAUGAAGAUUUGGAUGGCAACACUAAGUUUAAAGUCGAAUAGUUUAUGUAUUAGGUGAAUUUGUGUAUGCAGUCAUUGCCGUAUUCAGCCGGAUGAUUUAGCCUUUAAAUACUGUGACAUUCAUUGAUAGCGGGAUCUUCAGACUAGAUACCGCCACUGCAUACAAUAAAUAUAUUUUGUACAUAAUCAAAUAGAUAGUUCUGUUAACACAACAAAACGCCUUGAAGGCGGUUUUGCAAUGGGGAGCACCAUAGCCGGGUAGGAAAGCGCCGAAAAAUAGUUUUUAAUGACUGUAAAUGAAAGAUAUUUUUACCAUAACAAUUGAUUUUAACUUAAUUUUAAUAAAUAAUGUAUCUUGCACGUUAAAACCGGGUGCACACCCUAAAAUUUUAGUUAAUCAAUUUUGAUUACAAGUUCAUACCUUGCUAAGAGUUGGGCCAUUCUAUUCGCAUAGAGGGAUGAGAACUCUUCUCCCAAAGUAAGUGAACUUUUCUUUAGAUUGUUGACAGGCCUUCUGAAGAGAAAGUCGCAAAAAAAUGUAUGGCUUAUUCUUAUAACCUAACUUUGUUGCAGUUGCAGACGAUAAAUUGGUUCCUAAAAUCGUAGUGUGUGUACCUGUGGGUGUAAGAGUAA